AUGGCAGAAAGCUCCAGCGUCGUCAUCCAGCUCCGCGACGGCGCCAUCUCCGCCCGCCGGCAAGGCGCCAUCAUCCGCGCCCGCGGCAUCCCCUACGCCCGCGCCGCCCGCUUCCAGCCUCCACAGCCCGCCCCGCCCUGGUCCGGCGUCCUCGACUGCACCCAGCCGGCCUCCAUCUGCCCGCAGCUGCCCUCGCGCCUCGAGGCUCUCAACGGGCCCAUCGCCGCCGGCCGCGCCAUGUCCGAGGACUGCCCGCACCUCAGCGUCUGCGCCCCAGCCACCCCCCCGGCGGACCACCCACUGCCCGUCAUCGUGUUCCUGCACGGCGGCGGCUACACCUCCGGCGGCGCCGACCUCGACGUCUACAGCGGCGCCGACCUGGCCGCCUGCGGCGUCGUCUUCGUCGGUGUCACCUACCGCCUCGGCAUCCUCGGCUACCAGCCAAUCGAGGGCGUUGCACCCGCCAACCUCGGCCUGCUUGACCAGAUGGCCGCGCUGCGCUGGGUGCGCGACAACGUCGCCAGCUUCGGCGGCGACCCGCGGCGGGUGACGCUCGCCGGCAGCUCAGCGGGCGCCGACUCCGUCUACUGCCUGCUCGCCGCCGACGGCGCCGAGGGCCUGUUCCGGCGCGCCAUCCUGCAGAGCACACCCCUUGGCGUGCGGCACAUGGACCGUGCCGCCAUGGACGCCGCGCUCGAGCGCGUCGCCCGGUCCGCCCCCGACCCGGCCUCGAUGCCACUUGAGGAGCUCCUCGAGGUGCAGAAGCAGCUGGCCAUCACCUCGCGCGACUUCGCGGCCCUGGGGAUGCCGUUCGCGCCGACGCCCGGCCAUGCGCCGCUGGCCAUCACCCCCGCCGAGUUCGACGCCCGCGUGCAGCGCUCCCUGGCGCGCAUCCCGUUGUUGGUCGGGUACUGCCGCGACGAGGGCGUCGCGUUCGAGGGCAUCUUCGGCGCCUUGAGCCCCGACGCGCGGCCGACCAUCCCGACGACUACCAGCGUCGCCGACUUCAUCGGUCGAACAUGGUUCAAGGAUGACGCGGACCGACUGUGGGAGCGCGCGCGCGCAGCGGCGGCGGCGGCGGCGGGCGGCGCGGAGCCCUGGUUCUACGAGCUGGUGCUCGCGCCGGGCGAAAGCGGGCUCGGCGCGCCGCACACGCUGGAGAUGCCGCUCCUGCUGGGCGGCUGGGACGCGUGGAAGGACGCGCCGAUGCUCGAGGGCGGCGACGCGGAGCGUCUGGUGAGGACGGUCGGCGCCGAGUUCAGGCGGCUGUGGGUGGCCUUUGCGCGGGGCGAGGAGGUGGGCGAGACCAGGUUCACGAUUGAUGAGCAUUUCAAGUUUGGCACAAGUUGA